AUGCACGGAGUGUAUCCUAUUUUAGUUGUUCCAUGCAGACGUGGUGGUAUACCGUACCUAACACCCGAACAGGCGCGUGAUAUUCUUGGAGAAGAAGAGAGGAUUUUAAGCCUGUCUAUAUUUGAUGCAUACGAAUAUAAGGAUGCGUGCAAAAAAGCGGGAAAAAGUUUUGCUGAAUUUUGCGGACUUGGAGAGUUCAGAGUAAUAUUGACGGUACGGAGCCCGUAUGUAGGAGCUCAUGCCAGUGUUUCUGCAUCUGAGACGGCGGUGUUUGGGGUCCACGAGAAAGGCAGGAUAUCUUUUAGCAAUGAAAGCUGGGCGGAAAUCGUAAAGUCCGUCAUGCCCAACAUGGCCAUUACUCUUUACGACAGUGUUCCCUUGCAUGAACAACAUUCAAAACGGAGGAAGACAGCAUCAACAAGAUCGCUGAAGUGGGCUAAAUCCGCCGAGUGUGCCCCGGACAUUGGUUGUGAGUUGAUAAAGGCCUCGUCUGUUGCUGAUAGGGAAAAUGUGUUUGUAUGCGCAGACGAACUGGGACAAAAUGAGACGAUUGUACAAUAUGCAUCGCGGUUGUGCGAAAUAACGAAGAAUCACUACGUCAUGAGUCCUACGCCUUCCCUCGGUGCUGUUCUGAUGGCGCUGAAGGUUGGUGCUAGUUUCAUUGAGUGUGCCUUACCGUGGACGUUGGCGGAAAGAGGUAUAGCGCUUGUGUUUGACAUGAAUCCUGUCCACGGUUGCUCACCACAACGGUAUGAGUCGCAGAUAGAUCUGAAUGAUCAUUGUUUUGCAGUAGAUAUCAACCCUUUGUCACAAGCCUGUGUGUGUUCCACCUGUAGGAGACAUACUCGGGCAUAUGUGCACCAUCUCCUAACAGUCCAGGAGAUGAACAGUUGUAUUUUGCUUGUUGUUCAUAAUUUAGCCUUCCUGGUGCAGCUAAUAGGGCUUUACAGAAGGUCAACUGCGGAGGCUCGAGAAAGUCUGCUAACUUGGGUGCUGGCACAGUUGUGA